ACACACUACAGAAUUCCCUCAGUUGGGGCUAAAACCCCAGAAAGAGAUUUAUUUACAUAUUUUUUAACAUAUUCAUUAUUGUCAGUGAGUUAUUGCAGUAAAACAGAUCCUUAAGGCGGAGGAGGAAAAACUAAAACUACAACACGACAAUGAAUGGGAGCAUUGUAUUGCACAAUGGCUAAUUUUAUAACACAAUGGCUCGUCUUGUAAUAAUUGUAAUUACAUGACAAAUAUUUGACAAUGGAGACGUAUGACAAACAGAUUCUGAAAGUGUUCAGUGGUUGACUUCUAUAGAGCGGGAUAGACGUAGCGAGAAAAGAGUGGGGGGAGAGCAAAUGAAAGAGCAUGGCGAUGUCUGAAAGUGACAGUGCUGUGCUUUCUUCCCCCCUCUCCUCCCAGCCAGAUGGGGAGGUAGGAAGGAUGGGAGCAGGUGCAGCCCUCCUCCCAUAUAUGGGCGUAGGCAACGUCAUGUGACGAUAUAGCAGAGGCCAGUCAACAACACAGCAUCCCCAGGAAAAUGGAGGCAGGUUUAGCUUAGCAGAUGAGAGGAAGAGACAGGAGGAUAAGCCUGAGGAAAAUGGAUGGCAAGGCUUUCGCUUCUGAGAUGCUCUGUCCCAAAUAGUUUUUCUGCUCAAGGAUUCUUUAGGCUAUAAAAGGGUGUAAAAUCUAUUUGCUCAUCGGAAUAGCCUUUCUCCAAAACAACCAUCUCCACUUUUCAUAAGGCCACUACCGGAGUACGGCGACAUGGACCCCUCAUGCGGCCUCACAGACGACCGAGCCUCCCCCCCACACUCUCUCCACGUCAGCGCCAGCGGUGGCGGCGGGUCCUCCACUCACCGCAAGCGGCGCACGCUGAUCGCCCCGGACAUGAACCUGUCCCUGGACCAGAGCGAGGGCUCCCUGCUGUCGGACGACUUCCUGGACACGCCGGACGACCUGGACAUCAACGUGGACGACCUGGACACCCCAGACGAGAACGACUCGCUGGAGUUCAUCACCAACGGCAACGACCUUGAAUGGGAAGACGAUGCGCCGGUCGCCUCGGCCAAGGCGGCCCCCGCGGACGGCUCAGGGGACGUGGACGACGAGGGGGUGGGCGCCAACGGGCGUCUCUGGAGGACGGUGGUCAUCGGGGAGCAGGAGCACCGGAUCGACAUGCAGGUCAUCAGACCCUACCUCCGCGUCAUCACCCACGGAGGUUACUAUGGUGAGGGCUUGAACGCCAUCAUUGUGUUCUCGGCGUGCUACCUGCCAGACAGUAGCUGCUCAGACUACCACUACAUCAUGGAGAACCUCUUUCUGUAUGUGGUGAGCAGUCUGGAGAUGCUCGUGGCUGAAGACUAUCUCAUCAUCUACAUGAACGGAGCUACGCCCCGGGGCAAGAUGCCAGGGAUCAGCUGGCUGAAGAAGUGCUAUCAGAUGAUUGACAGAAGGUUGAGGAAGAACCUCAAGUCUCUGGUCAUCGCCCAUCCGACUUGGUUCAUCCGCACCGUGCUGGCCAUCUCCAGACCAUUCAUCAGUGUUAAGUUCAUGAAUAAGAUCCAGUAUGUGCACAGUCUGGACGAGCUGGCAGAGAUGGUUCCCAUGGAGCACGUCCAGGUUCCAGAGUGCGUAGUGCAAUUUGAUGAGGAGAGAAUUAAAGCACGAAGAGAGAGGUUGGAGCAAGAGCGGAGACAACAAGAACAGCAACAGCAGUCAAACCCACCACAACCAGCUAAAAAGUCUGACAGGCCAAAGUCAAUGAUUUCGGGAUAACUAUUCCCUGAAUGACUCUCUCCUCAUACGUGCAUAAGUGUACAGCAAAGGUUUGGCACAUGAGUCGUUCAUGUGAUACCUGCUGAAGGCCGACACAUCUGACAAACCCACCAAGACACCCUUAUUCGAGUAUACAGGACCUGAUGUCAUGUCUUCAUUUGGAGGUCAAAAUGUUCACUUUUGGGAACCUCAUCCUCCAUUUGUCUUUGAAGGUGAAAUGAUUAAAUAGCCAAGUACAAUAUCCCAAUGACAGUGUUUGAGCAUAUCUGGAGUUGUCCUGUCAAUCACAGACCAUGAGAGCAUAUGAGUCUAGCAGUACUUUAGCUUUAAAAUAUACUCAUGCUUCCUAACUGUAGUACCUUCACGUGUAAGAACGCUUUUCAAACACAUCAGAAAGCCUUUAUAUUUAUUUUUGCUUCAUAGAUGCUAUAUAAAGAGGCGUUUUUGGGGGUCGACUGUUGUUGAAAUAAUGAUCAUGGUUUAUUUUUAUUAAGAUUAAUGAUUGUUUAUUGAUGUUUCAAUGUCUUCAGACCAUCAAUGCUCAAUGUCAGAUUGUUUAUAUUGGUAUUUCUUAGACCAUAUUGAAUUUGUGGAGGGAUAUUUCAGCUUCAGGGCUGUUUUGCAGCCAAUUGUAUGACAUGUAAGUUGCCAUUUAGACGUGCCUCCAUCUUCUCUGUGGUAGCACAGGUUUCAUUUGCACCUUGUUGCCUGGGUAGCAAUCUGUGUUAACUAGAAUAAUCAUAGCAUAAGAUUUACCACGCAUCAUAUGUGGUGUAGGUGACCAGCAAGACUAAAUAAUCAUGAAAUAUUAUUUCAUAAGGAUAUAUUUGCUUGCCUUGUUAUUUUUUCAAGUGGUAUUAAAACGUGGGUGUGUAUUUGUUUCUAUGUUUUACAUAGCAUGCUAAUUUGUUUUAUGUUUUUCUAUACCUGAAUGAGUAACAUAUUGUUUGCUUAUUCAUUUUCUUCUGUUGAACAAACAUAACAUAUUGGUUUUUAUUUUUGUACAAAAAGCCAUUGUAUUUCCUGCUUAUGGUUAUUUUACCCUGAAGCAUCUGUCUUGUCCUUUGAUUUGUACAACUGGUUACAUAGAAUCAGAACUGUUUACUUUUUAGAUUAGGUUUGCCUUCGUUCAAUUUUUUUCAAUAAAUAUGCAUGAUUAUCAUCAUGCAGAACUUCAAGCCUGUUAUGUGACAUCAACAAACACCCAUGCUCACACACACACACACACACACACACACACACACACACACACACACACACACACACACACACACACACACACACACACACACACACACACACACACACACACACA